GACUUGUUAUUACGCUUGACAACAUUUAAUUAUUUAUUUUAUUUAAAAUAGUAAUAAAUGGAUGAAUUCCUAUACAAGAAUUAGAUUAAACUAUCGUUCCGUCUAAAUAUGAUAAUAUCGAGUCAUAAACAUAAAACAAAACUUUUCAUUGUAUAACACUAUCUAAAUCUUGAUUCUACAUAAACACAUAAAAAAUGAAACCAACAACCGGUGAAACCAUUAGAGCAUGGUUAUUAUCUGCUUUAAUGGUACAUGGAGCUGUUGCUGGAAAUCCUGAUGCCAAACGUUUAUAUGAUGACCUUCUCAGUAACUACAAUAAACUUGUCAGACCGGUGGUUAAUACAACAGAUGUUCUUAAAGUCUGCAUAAAAUUGAAAUUAUCUCAAUUAAUUGAUGUGCCGGCCUUCCUUUCGCCGGCAGUAAGCCGGCUAUUAAGGGAAUCUUUAUUAAGCGAUUAA